UGCAAAAAUAAUUAGCUGUGUACCGAAAAACGAAAAACCAAAUCGAAAAACUAGUUCUAGCAUUCACCAAAUGAAGUAAAAUUUAAACUACAAAUUCCAUAACUCUUUGCAUUUGUUUUCUAUUGCAAUUUUAUACAUGUGAAUGUUUAUUUAAUGGAUUGACUAGGGAACACAGUUAUUACUCUCUUCUCUAUGAUUGUAAUUGCAAAAAAAUAAAUAAACAAAAAAUCAUUUACUGAAUCAAAAUGAAUGUGACUCCUGGAUAAAUUGAAUAAAUUAAAUUACCAAAUCGGAAGUCAGCAUUGAAUGUCCCGUUCUGCCGGUAUUCCGAAUCCGAAUAUUCUCAAAAUAAAUUUAGGUUAGGUGAAGUGUCAAACUGGUUUUAAAAAGUGGCGUUAGGACGCUAAGAAUCGGCAGUGUUUUUAUCGUUUUUAUGUGAAAAAUACGAUAGAAAAAAUGAGUAAAAGACGAAGGACUAGCUCUAUAGCUAGUAGAGGACACGAGGAAGAUUCCCUUGAUAGUUUAGAAGCUUCUACAAGUAGUGGUCCCACUAUGAGAAAAAGGAGCAAAAAGCAGGAUCCAAUGGAACUAUGUCAACAAUUGUAUGAUACUAUAAGAACCCACAAAAAAGAGGAUGGAACUCUUUUAUGCGAUUCUUUCAUUCGAGUUCCGAAGAGACGACAAGAACCUGGUUAUUAUGAAGUAGUUACAAAUCCCAUGGAUUUACUGAAAGUUCAACAAAAAUUGAAAACAGACGAGUAUGAAGAUAUUGACGAUUUACAAAACGACAUAGAAUUGAUAGUAAGCAAUACCAAAGCUUUUUAUAAGAAAAAUUCACAGGAACACAGGGAUGCCUUGGAUUUGUGGUCUUUAUUCCUAUCAAAUAAAAACAGGCUGCUGAAUUUUAAAGAAGAGGAGGUCGAGGUCAAAACAAGAUAUGCUCGUUCAAAAAAAAGAUCCCUUCCUGAAAAAAUGGACAUUGAUCAUUCCGAAGAUACAUCUGAAAGUUCUGCUAAUCUUGAUGAAGAAGUCAGUGUAUAUGAGGAACUUUUCACUGCUGUUAUGACAGCUACAGAUUCGGAUAACAAACCGUUACAUACAGUAUUUCAACUUCUACCUUCGAAAAAGAAAUACCCUGAAUAUUACGAACAUAUAGAUAACCCAAUAGAUCUGAAGAUGAUCGCCCAAAUGAUCCAGAACAACGAUUAUUUAAAUCUGGGCGAAUUGGAGAAAGAUUUGAUUUUGAUGACAAAUAAUGCAUGUCUCUUCAAUGAACCCGGUUCCCAAAUUUACAAGAACGCUAAGGCAUUGAAAAAGAUCAUACAAAGUAAAAAGAUCGAAGUGGAACAUGCAAAAUCUGCCACAGGAAAAAGUAGUGAACGGAUCAGAAAUAAACGUCUUCGUGGCAGCACCUGUCUUUCUGCAGUGACAGCAGCUCUGAGAGACGAAGAAUCUGAUACAGAAAUGGAACCUGAGGAAUCCUUAGAGGACGAGCAAGCAAGAGACCCUGCCGAUGCAGAAAACCCUCAGUGGAUCCUCUUCGACACUAUCAAGAAUGCCACAAAUAACACAGGUCAAAAUAUGAGUGAACCAUUUUGGAAGUUGCCCAGUAAAAGGUUCUAUGCCGAUUAUUACAAAGAAAUAAAGAAUCCUUUAUCUUUGACCCAAAUCAGAAAGAAGUUGCAAAAUAAGCAAUAUGGAACUUUGAGCGAAGUAGCUGGAGACAUGACUAUCAUGUUUGAGAACGCCAAAAAGUACAAUGUUCCAAGUUCGAAGCUGUAUAAGGAUGCAGUAAAACUACAAAAGAUCAUGCAGGGCAAAGUACAAGAACUACUUGAUAUAAAUCAGGAUACAGACAGUGAGAUUGAAAGUGAAGAGAAAACCAGAAGAAAGCCUGGUCCUAAGCCUAAGAACCCGCCACCUGUCAUUACCCCCACCAGGGGAAGACUACCUAAAGAUACUCUUCCUCUAAAAAAGAAGCUUCACGCUAUCGCCAAACAUCUGCUGGAUUUCUCUUGUGAAGAUGGCAGACAACCGAUGCUCGGUUUCAUGGAAAAACCAUCGAAGAAAUUGUAUCCGGAUUAUUACGAAGUGAUCCAGGAACCCAUAGAUUACAUGGAGAUCGAAUCAAAGAUAAAGGCCGAUCAGUAUAGUUCGGAAUCUGAUCUGGUGAAAGACUUCAAGUUGAUGUUUGCAAACUGUCGCCAGUACAACGAGGAAAAUUCACCCAUCUAUGAAGAUUCGAAUAUUCUGGAGAAGUAUCUUUUGGACAAGGUGGCUCAGACAGUUAUCGUUACUCCAGAGAAGAAGGAGAAGGCUGUAGUCAAGACGGUACGACCAAGAAAAAUCAAUCCUCCAAUCGACAAGAAUUUGAGGAUGUUGUAUGAUACAAUAAGGGAUUAUAGGGAACCCAAGGCUAAUAGACAGCUUGCUUUGAUUUUCAUGAAAUUGCCGUCUAAAAAUGAUUACCCCGAUUACUACGAGGUGAUCAAGAACCCGAUGGACAUGGAGAAGAUAGCGCAAAAGCUGAAGACUAGCUGUUACGAUUCCGUGGACGAUCUGGCCUCUGAUUUCAUCCUCACGUUCGACAACGCCUGUAAGUACAACGAACCUGACUCGCAGAUCUACAAGGACGCGUUGGUCCUUCAGCGGGUGUGCCUCCAAACCAAGCUGCAGCUGAAGGAGAGCGAUGAAAAUGUACCCGACGUUCAAGCCGCAGUCAACGACAUCCUCCUCAACCUGUUCACGAACGUUUACAACCACCAGGAUGUUGACGAGAGGUGCUACUCUGAUUCCUUGGCGGAGCUGCCAGAACACGAUGAAAUAGACGGGAAAAAAGUACGCGCCCUCUCGAUGGACCUGAUAAAGAGACGGCUGGACAAGGGACUGUACAAGAGGCUGGACGUCUUCCAGGACGACUUCUUCGCCUGUCUAGACCGAGCGCGGAGGCUCUCAAGAACCGACUCCCAGGUGUUCGAGGAUUCGGUCGAGAUGCAGAGCUUCUUCAUCAAGCAGAGGGACGAGCUGUGCAAGCACGGCGAGCUGCUGCAGUCCACGGCCUUGAACUACACCCUGGCGGAUCUGACGUCCGCCGUCGAGGCGCUGAAGCAGAGCAAGCUGCUCCAGGAGUCGCUGGAAGAGGAGACGGAGACCAGAAGCUCGGACGAUUCGAUAAUAAAGGAGACCACGAACAUGAGCAUGGGGGAGUCCAUGACGUGCAACCAGCAGACGUACAAGGUUGGGGAGUUUGUCUACAUGGAAUCCAAGGAGAAAGGCUGCGAACCCCAUAUUUUACUAAUCGAGAGGCUGUGGAGCAAUAACGGUCAACAGAUGUUGUAUGGGAACUUUUAUCUGAGACCAGCAGAAACAUAUCAUCUGACCACUAGGAAGUUUUUGGAGAAGGAGGUGUUCAAAUCUGAUUGUCAUGUGGCAACGCCCUUGGAAGACGUUAAAGAUAGAUGUUGUGUAUUGAGUGUCAAACAGUAUUUCACCAUGAAACCAGAAGGUUACGAAGAGAAGGACAUCUACGUUUGCGAAUCCAGAUACUCCACUAAAGCGAGAUGCUUCAAGAAGAUCAAAAUAUUCCCGGAGAAUCCCAACUUAAAACUGGUCCCUAGGGAAGUGCCUCUGGAACCUAAAAGGGUCGUUUCCGUGUUCAGAGAAAGAGUUGAGAAACACAAGGACGAAUUGGCCGAAUUACAAGAACAGGAAAGGCUAAUCGAAAAGGAGAAACCUAAUGUGGUGACCUUCGCCGAUGUGGAGAUGGAUAACGGAAACACCUACUACGAACAGUAUAACACAGUGUGCAGCGGUGUGGUGAAGACUGGUGACUUCGUUUAUGUGGCUGCUGACGGUGGCAAACAGAUGAUAGCUCAGAUUUGCAGUAUUUGGGAUACGCCAGACGGCAAGUGCUACUUCCGCGGCCCCUGGUUCGUCACCCCCUCGGAGAUACCCCACCAUCCGAGCAAGACCUUCUACAAGCAGGAGAUGUUCCUCUCCUCCAUGGAGGACACCCACCCCAUCGUGGGCAUAGUGGGCCGUUGCUCGGUCCUCGACUACAACGACUACAUCUCCUGCCGGCCGACGGAGAUACCGGAAAACGACGUCUUCGUCUGCACCUCCAUCUACGACGAGAUGACCAGGCAGACGCGGAAGCUGCUAGCCGACGGCCUGAAGAAGGUGGCGCACAGCCCCCAGGUGACGGAGGACGAGGUGUACUACUUCACGCGCAUCAUAAGCCCGCCCCGAGCGACGGCGGUGGCCACGCCCACCAUCGUGGAGACGGUCAAACCGGCGGUCACGCCCAUGGAGGUGGAUCCGAUGACGCCCCAGCAGGUGACAAAGCUGACAGACAUGGACAUCCUGAUCGAGGACUCGAUGGACGGCGGACCGCCAUCGGUUGGGUCUGGCGAGAUGGCGCCAGCGACGCCGGUGUCUAGCAGCGUGACGGCAACACCGCUGACGUCGAAGAAGAAACCCCAGAAGAACAAGGUGGUAACCGGCUACAUCCUCUACUCGAGAGAGUACAGAAAGCAGAUCGUGCAGAACAACCCAGAGUCUAAGUUCGGCGAGAUCAGUCGCAUAGUGGGCGUGGAAUGGAGAUCUUUGCCCGCCCACGAGAAGCAGAUGUGGGAGGAGAAAGCUUCCAAGAUGAACGAGGAGACCAAGGCCAAUCUGCUGCUGGAAGAACAGUGCGCCAGUCCUGCUGCAUCUCCUGCUCCUGCUCCGCCUAACCCAGACAUGGUGUACGAGUGCCAAUGGGACAAAUGCGACUUCCAGUUCGAGGAAUUGUCCGACUGUCUGGAACACUGCGUGAAGGACAGGGAGAGCCAGGGCCACGUGCAGGCCUACUUCCAGGCCAACCCCGAUGCCGAGCUGCAGUGCCAGUGGAAGACCUGCCUGAGGCACAACAAGAAGAACCUGCAACCUUUUCCAAAUCUAGCACGUCUAGUGCGACACGUCAGGGACAUGCACAUCAACAAAGGCAACGGAAGGGUGGUGCCACCUAGCGAGAGAAGCAAGAACUUCAAGCCUUCCAGUAAGCCUACGUCUGCUUCACGAACAACUGCUUCGACUGCCCAAAAUCCUUCAACAUCUACACCACCAGCAGCAUCUCCACCAGUACCACAGAAACAGCAAGAACCGAUCUUUAUAUCGGUUCCUCCAAGACCUCAAAGAGUUCUUCAUUCGGAGGCAUAUAUCAAGUAUAUAGAAGGACUCCAAGUGGAUAACAAGUUUAUAUCUCCAUGGGAGAAGGUUUUACAUGCCAACCAGGAAAAUACCCCUGUACCAGAUGCAGAGAAAUUGCAGAACGUAACUACGUGGUUGGGAAAGAAGGCAGAUCAACAGGAGAAUGUUGUGUCUGCUCUUUGGGCCCUCAGGAAUCAAUUGAUGAAGGACACUUUGGGGUUGUACAAGAGAUACACAUAGGAUGCUUUAGGAACGCCUUUUGAGAGGUGUGGUGAAGAUAAGCAGAUAACUUAUUAUAUUAGAUGUUUUUAUUUGUAAAACGAAUGUGAUUUGUUUAUUGGUUACUCGAAUAAUAUACAUAGUUCAGUGUAAUUCAGAUAUUAAUUUGGUGUUACCUGAAUAAAAAGCUUUUUUUUU